AUGGAGAGAAUGUUCCCUCCCAAGAAGCCCUCAACUAUGAAUUCCCAUGACAGACCCAUGUGUGUUCAAGGAGACUCGGGUCUUGUCCUCACCACUGACCCCAAACCUCGCCUCCGUUGGACUGUUGAACUCCAUGAACGCUUUGUUGAUGCUGUUACUCAGCUUGGAGGCCCUGAUAAGGCCACUCCUAAAACCAUCAUGAGGGUUAUGGGUGUGAAGGGUCUCACCCUUUACCACCUCAAGAGCCAUCUUCAGAAAUUUAGGCUUGGCAAGCAGCCCCACAAGGAAUUCAAUGAUCACUCGAUUAAAGAUGGUAUGAGAGCUUCGGCUUUAGAACUGCAACGAAAUACUGCUACCUCUUCUGCCAUGAUAGGCCGCAACAUGAAUGAGAUGCAAAUAGAGGUGCAGAGAAGAUUGCAUGAGCAACUUGAGGUUCAAAAACACCUUCAGCUAAGGAUUGAGGCUCAAGGGAAAUACAUGCAGAGCAUAUUGGAGAAGGCUUAUCAAACACUUGCUGGUGAAAACAUGGCAUCUGCUGCCACUAACUUAAAGGGUUCUAUUGUACCUCAUCAAAGCAUCCCUGAUAUGGGAGUGUUGAAGGAGUUUGGUUCCCCUCUUGGUUUUUCUUCUUUUCAAGAUCUUGAGAAUAUUUAUGGCGGUGACCAAAUUGACCUUCAGCACAACAUGGAGAAACCAACCCUUGAUCAUGGGUUUAUGCCAAUCAAUGAGAGUUUGUGUCUGGGGAAGAAGAGGUCCAACCCUUAUAGUGGGAGUGGGAAGAGCCCUUUGAUUUGGAGUGAUGAUCUCAGGCUUCAAGAUCUGGGAGGGCCAGCCUCAUCUUGCCUUGGCCCUCAAGAUGACCCUUUCAAAGGUGACCAGAUUCAGAUUACACCACCAGGAUCAUUGGAUAGAGGCAGCACUGACAUUGAUCCCAUGUCAGAGAUCUAUGACUCAAAGCCUGUGCUUCAGGGUGAAGCUGUAGUGGGGGAAAAAAAGUUUGAUGCAUCUAUGAAGCUUGAAAGGCCAUCACCAAGAAGAGCACCUCUUCAGGCUGAAAGGAUGAGUCCUAUGAUCAGUACUGGUACCAUGGCACAAGGCAUAUAUAACACGGAAUUUAGAAAGAUAGAGCAGUGCAACAUAGCCAUAGAAAGCAUCAAAACCUUAAAAGCCAGUGGAGUUGAUGACUGCAAUUUGAAACUGUGGAACUAG